AUGGACUACUUUCUCCUGGAGUCUCUCAGUACAACAACAUUUUUGGUCACUUUUGUCCUUCUUUUUGUUUUGUACGUACUCUUCUUCAGCUUCAACCAAAGAAAGGAACCCCCUGGCCCAUGGCGUCUGCCUGUGAUUGGCAACUUGCUGCAACUGGAUCCUAAAUCGCCAUACACAUCCUUUUAUCAGGUAUGAAGACUUUGAUAAGUGUUAAAAUUAUUUAAUAGGCAGUUGGAAAGAUAAACUGAUUUGACAUGUAAGUCCUGGUUUUCUGUUUCUUUCUGUUCUUUAAUAAUCACUUGUUUUUAUUUGUGUUUUAGCUGUACAAGAAACAUGGACCUGUGUUCACUUUUCAUUUUGGGCCCCAGAAAACAGUUGUGUUUGCAGGAAGCAAGACAAUCAAACAGGCUUUGGUCAAUAGUGAUGCAUUCUCAGAGAAAGAAGUCUUCCCAAUAAUCAGCGACAUGAAACUAACACACGGUGAGGAGGAACAAGACCCACUGAAUUUAUUUGAACCGUCUUUCUCUUCUCUACUCUCUGCUUAUGUAAAUGAUACUAAUAAAACAGAUUUUUAAAGACAGAUCUCAACUUUUUAAUCUGCAGGGAUUGUUUUUUCUAACGGAGCCCGUUGGAAAGAAAUGAGGCAUUUUGCGCUGACUAACAUGAGAGACUUUGGGAUGGGAAAAACAGCAAUCGAAGAGAAAAUCAUAGAGGAGAGCCAACGACUGAUCGAACUAUUUAUGGAAACAAACGGUAACCAAUAUUAGAAGUAUGUUUAUGUUUCCCUGAAAACCUUAUUGCUUUUCUAUCCGUACAUACAGACCAUGUUGUGUUAGCUGUCAGGAUUUAUGGCCCCAUAUCUGAUGAUAAUGAAGUUUUUUUCUCGUACAGGUAAAGCCUUGGAUACAACUCAGCCGAUAAACCAUGCCGUCUCCAAUAUAAUCUGCUCUAUCGUCUAUGGGCACAGAUUUGAAUGUGAUGACCCAGUGUUUGUAUCCAUGGUGGACAGAGCCUCAAAGAACACUCAGCUCAUGGGCUCACCUUUGAUUCGGGUACAGUACACAGUGCAUGUGUAUGGAUGAGUAUUAGGACCAAGAAUGAAAAAGUAACUCACUUUUUUUAAAGUGUGUGCUUCAUAAAAAAAGUGACAAAGUACAUCAUUUUUGAGAAUUAAGUUGAAAUACAAAGUUUGUAUCUACAACACACUAAAGCAUUGCAUUUCCUAUUGUAUUUCACAAGUCAGAUGUAGGGCAGUUGUAAUAUAGAGCCUUUUGGCAUAACAGUGUUCUUUACCAUAACCAUUAAGUCACACUCUGAGAUUAUGGUGGUAGUGCUAAUGCUGGUUGGGAAAGUAUCAGUACUUAGCGAUCUAGCUGUAGCAGCCCUCUGAGAGAUGAAUAGGCAUUUCUAAACGCUCACGCCUCUUCAGGUUACUCAUCAAUAUGUCAUUUAUACUUUCUAACCAGUAUUUGAACUGUUUUCAUUCAGACCAUCUAUGAGAAGAGGUUAACUUUAAAAUAAAAGCGUAGAUUUUGAUUCAAAUCAAUCAACUUAAAUGCAAGACCUGUAUUACACCGUUUAUUUGUAAGACUGGGAAACUGUCAAAGUAAAAGCAUGGCCAUGGUUUUAUAAGGUAAUGUCAGACGAUUUGAAAACAUGAUAUUGGAGAGGAUCCACUGAGCAAUAGAUGGCUAUUCGACGUCUAGUUUUUUUUAGACCAAAUUUUUACCGUCUGGUUUCUGAAUAUUUUUAGACAGAAUUUAGACAUUGCACUCUAACCAAUUAUUUGAUGUCAUUAUUUCAUGUCAAAAAGCAUCUGUGAGUUGCAUAACUGAUCUCAAAGUACUUAAACAAAAUAAUUAUGAUAGCCGUUGAGCAAUAUACAGUGUAGUAUAAAUAUAGCAUAGAUUUAGACUUGGUCUAAAUUUAGACAUCUAAAAAAACGUUAAUUUUUAGACCUGUGGUCGCCUGAUUUUAGACCAGUUGUCUACGCUACAUUUGGACGUCUAUUAGACCUCUUUUAGACUAAAAAAAUGCUCAGUGGGAUGAAGGAGGGAACAAAAAGUGUAUAAGAGAUGUGGAUAAUAUGAAUAAUGUGACACGGACAGGGCAUAAUUUUGUUUUUGUGUGUCUGUUUUUUUUUUCAACAGUUGUAUAACUUCUUCCCAAGACUGUUCAGCUGGCUUAGAGUCCGAAAGCAGCUGGUUGAGAGUUCAUUUAUAAACAGGAGACACAUCAAGGAGUUGGUGAAGGGUUUACAGGACACCCUCAAUCCACAGAUGUGCAGAGGUGUAGUGGAUUCCUUUCUGGCCCGGAAGCUCCAGCUUGAGGUACGUAGAAACUCCUGAGAAGUUUUCUUGUUGUGCUGAUUCUGAUGAUCACAACUGUGGGUUUAAGGUUGUACACACCUUCUUCCUAAUUCUACUUUUUUGAUGAGUGCACAGAUAAAAGAAAAGUCAGACCACAACAAAAAAUGAAAACUGCAACUGACUUUCAAAAAAACACACCGAUGUGCACCAAAAUGAAGUUAAACAAUUUAAAUCUAUCACUCUGAAUGACAGGAUCUGUCACCUUCUGCGCUUGAGUUUAUAACUAACUUAAAAGUCACUGAAUCAUCUACAGGAUCAUGGACUACCAAGUCAUGAAAAGGACGUCCUGUUAAAGCAGUUUAUAAUCCGUAUUUUGGUUGGAUUACAAAAUUAGCACAGUGCUUUUUAAAGCUUGAUCUCCAGUGUCGUAGUUUACUGCAUAAUCUAAAUGACAGCUUGUCGUCGUUUUCACGCCUUUAAGGCCUCUGGUGAUAUGAAAUCUCACUACACUGAAGACAACCUACUGGUGACUGUUGCCAACUUGUUUGCUGCUGGCACUGACACCACUUCGGCGACUCUCAGAUACGGUUUAUUGCUCAUGGCCAAGUACCCUGAAAUUCAAGGUAAGGAGCAUUUAUUGAUAACACAUGAUUGUAGUGUACUUAAGGUUAUGCACUUUAUCACUACUCUUUAACUGUUUAUGUUGAAACAGCUAAAGUUGAAAAGGUCCUCCCUUCAAUUGGCAUAGUCUGGCGGCAUAUGCUUCUCUACAAACUUAAUAUAUUUUUAUUAUUGACGGUGACUUCCCACCAUAAAGUGACCUACAGUAUAGCAACUGUUCUAAAUAGUUCUGCACUUAUUGAUCGAGGAAUCUUUUAUCUCUCAGACCAGGUCCAGGAUGAGAUGAACAGGGUGGUUGGGAGUCGACCAAUCAGAGUAGAGGACAGGAAGAGACUUCCAUACACCAACGCAACCAUCCAUGAAAUACAGAGAAUAACCAGCGCAGUCCCAACAACUGUACACCGCACAACUCGAGAUGUCCUCUUUCAGGGCUACUUUAUCAAGAAGGUGAAGCAGCCGUCUGAGACAUCAUCAUAGGCUGUCCUCACUCAGACUUGUCUGGCACAUAUUAUCCUUUAUACCAAGAGUACCUGUUCCACAGUUUGCUGACCUACCUGGCACAAGUUAGAUUAAUAGUAGUGACUCAGAUUUAUGUUAUUCAACAGUAAAAGUUGUAUUUGAUACCUGAUGAAUCUGUGGUCUGCCAUGAUCAUCCAGGUAACUUUCUCCUUGGCUGCAGGGGUGUUGCAGCAUUGUGUGCAAGUUUACAGUUUACAGGCAGGUGCCAAAGAGCCUCAGGAGGGCCAACUGCUCAUGUGGAAGGCUGCACUAGUUUGAUAUCAAACAGACUCUUUUUAAUAACCCGAGAUAAUCCAAGAAACUCGUGUGUUUGCUUUUGCAUCAAGAGAGAAAAAGAAUUAACUGGGGCAAAGUAGAUGACAUGCCCAAUGUCAAUGAUUGUAUAGAAGCCAUCACAAUAAACUGUUAAGGUGCUCCAAAGCUAUUUUAUUAUGUACUCUGUGAAACGUGUUCAUGUGUGAUGUUAUCAUGUCCGACUCCAGGGAACUCCGGCUCUUUUCCUGCUGUCUACUGCUCUUUUUGAUGAGGAUGAAUGGGAAACACCUCACACUUUAAACCCCGCACAUUUCCUGGAUAAGGAGGGAAAUUUUAAGAACAAAGAGGGUUUCCUUCCAUUUUCUGCAGGUAUUUUUAUUUAAUGCAACCAAGACUUUUUAUGGGUAAACUGACUCAAAGAUGUGACAGUAUUAUCAUGUUGUUUCAGGUGCAAGAGUUUGUACAGGAGAGAGUUUGGCUCGGAUGGAGCUGUUCCUCUUCUUCACCUCCCUCCUCCAACACUUUCGCUUCACUCCUCCUCCUGGUGUCAAAAAGGAAGACCUGGAUCUGACUCAAGUUUUGGGCAUAACUCUAACACCAAAACCUCAUAAACUCUGCGCUAUCAGCAGGAUCUGA